AUGUCGGCAAAGGACAAAAGGAAGCGUAUCGAUUCAGCAGACGGUCUUUGUCUGUUCUGCAAAGGCGAUCACAAGCCAAGUUUUUGCACCACGUACAGCACCCCGAGAGAAAGAGCGAAGUAUUUACGAGACCAGCGUCUCUGCCAACUCUGCGCCUCCUCAUACCAUAAGACAACAGAGUGCAGGCGCAAACCUUGCUUCCGAUGUGGGGGACCUCAUCACACAGCAUGCUGCUUCAAAACCUUACCCAUCGUGAGUAGCACAGAGAGGGGGCCACAGAAAAGGCAAGAGGGAGAUACUAAGAAGGUGAAUCAGAAAGAAAAAAGGCCCAUGAAGACGACCCAGAAGAUUAAUAUGGUGACUGAGGAAGGGCAUAAAGAUGGGUCCGAAACGACUAUUCUGGAAGUCCAAUCGGCACAAGAACUCCGGGAGUAUUCAACCACAUUUCUUCCCAUAGGUGAAAUUAAGGUUGUUGACAACAAAACGGGAGGAAUGCGCAACAUUCCUGUCCUUUUAGACAGUGGUGCGGAAAUCUCUUUCAUCGACAAGUCAUUGGCCGAGGACCUACAAGUACCCAUAGUUUCCGAGAGAUCCCUUCUUUUACAUACAUUUGGCUCAGAGGAAAUUCAAAAGAAGAAGUGUCGCGUUGUGCGAGUAUCGGUCCAAGACACUGAAGGAAAUGGUCAUGACCUGGAAUUACUCACACAUGAAGUCUUAACGAAACCAAUGCGACCUCCUCCGUUGUUCGAAGAGGAUUUACAAGUAAUCGAAUCUCUAGGCCUUUCAGUCACUCAACCAUUAAUACUCCUUGGGUGCGAUCAGGCGUGGCAGUUCUGGAAAGCAGACGAGCCUCCAGUACCCCUUCCCUCGGGACUGCACCUUUUACCUACCAAAGUGGGCAACCUCAUAACAGGGAGAUACCGCCGACCGCAGCAAGUUUUAGAGGUGCAAUCAUGUCGAGAG